AUUACUCGACAAGCACCGCCGGUUGUUCGCAAAAUUGCUUGCUGUUCAAAUUGAGGUAUUACCUCUCACACAGGUAAGGAUAUUAUUAUUUACUCCAUUUUCAGCGUCUAAUCUUCUGUAAAAAUAGAUAAAUCGUGUUUGCGUGGGACUCGUGAGGUGGAAAGGCGAUUAAAUAAAUUGAAAAUUUUCACAGCAAGCCGGGCGGAACUGAAACGUAUGACAGCUUAAUUGACUCUUUCAAAGUACAGCCACUAUUCAUUCACCAUUUAUGAAGACUUCUGCUUUUUUUUGUCCCGUAACUGCUAUACUUUGUCCUAGAAUCGUUUGGUUACCACGAGUCAUUUAUGACACCUCGGUCAUAGACCGUGAAAUUUAGUAGUAUUUGCACAACAAACAACUGCUCAAAUGUGAUAAAAUCUCCAUCUGUGAAUGACAAAACAAAAUUUAGUACCUCUCAGCUAAACCGAAAUAAGCACAUGGAUUAAAAAUAAUUUAUUGCUACUGAAAAUCGUCGCGAUUCUACUAUCGCCAAUACAAUGUUGGUAUCGUUAACUUCGGUGGUUACUGGUCAAAGGCACUUGGCAGAAAUUUCUACGGAGUUGUCGAUUUGGUAAUUUUUUUCUCUUCGUGAGUACAUCAUGGCUGUAAACCCUUGGUUUCGGCUGCUUAUAUACGGCAUGCUUGGAUUUGCUUAUGAAAUAGUCUUCACUUCAUUGUUUGACUUUGUGGCUUCCAAUUUCACCGACUUCAAGUUCAAAGGAUACUCUUCCAUUUGGUCCUUCUUUAUUUAUGGCACCUGCAGUUUUUGCGGUGAACAAGUAUACGUCCACAUAAGAAAUCGUUUAUCGGUAUUUUGGCGCGGCUUAAUUUGGGUUCAAAUGGCUUACACGUGGGAAUUUUUUGGUGGCCUCGUCCUCAAUCAAUUUUCCGCGCGUACCUGGGACUACAGCCAUUACAAGUAUGACAUCAUGGGGCUGAUCGCGCUCGAAUACGCGCCACUUUGGUUUUUCAGUGGUUUGCUUCAAGAAUUUUUCUACGAAUAUUUGUUGAGCUUGUCUUUAGUGCCUUCUGCUGAGAGCAAAGAAGGGAUCGAGAAAAAAUCGAGUCAAGAAAUGAAUGGAAACUUGAAGAUAGACUGAGGGCCAAAGGGAAGGAUUUUGGACUGAAUAAGCCAUUAACUUCUGGAAUAAAGUUCAAUAAGUAAAAAAAAGAAAUCGUAUAGAACACAUAAAAAAGACGGAUUUUUAAAAAAUGUCACUUUUUGUAAGGGGAAAUCUAACUUUUAUGCUGCUUAUUUUUGGAAAAUGCGAGAUUGGGAAUUCGUUACCAUUGAAGUAAAAGUAGACUUUGAUACCAAACUACGAGCGUAGUAGAAUCAUUGUCCAGGACUUAAGCAAUUUCCACAGCAGUGGGCUUGUUUGCUAAGAAACACACGCGUUUAUAGAUUAUAAAAUUCUGAGAUAAGAA